CCGAGGCAGACCGGUUGGCGAUCGAUCAGCUCAACGCCGGCAGCGCUGAACUUGUAAGUGCUAACCAAGCACAAUGGACAGCGGUGCUCAACGGGAUGCAUUAUGUCCCGGUAACCGGCAACGAGCCGACAACAGUACAGCAGGAGAGGCAAGACCUGGCAGAUAUUCUACUCCAUACAAUGCGCGUCGUCAUUUGGAACAGCACCAUGGGGGAGUUGCAUUCUUAGUCCACACUGCAGCUGCAGCACGACCUGACCACAACGUGAAGAUACUUGCAGCAGUUGUCAAGGUCGCAGACAACCAGCUGAAACAGCUAGAUGCACGCAUUGCUACCUUGGAGGCAAGGCCUUCCCAAGCAGCGCCAGGCUGCACGACAGAUAUGACAGACAUGACGAAGCAGCUCAAUGGGCGCAUCGAUCACGUCGUCAAUCUCAUCGGCGACAUAGGUGUUUUCAAUGGGCCGGACAUGAUCAGUAGCACGGUGGCCGCCAUCAAGACGGACAUCACCAAGCUGCAGACGAAACCGGACGCCGCCACGAAGAAUUACAAGAUGCUGCACUUCGACAUCAGCAAGUUCGACGACCACAACAAGACGGACGCUUUGGCAUGGUGGCAACGUUUCCUCGCGGAAGCAUCAUGCCGCACUGUCCCGACUGACGACAUGAUGAAGGCACUAUACUUACAACUGAUUGGAGGAGCGUAGGCAUGGAUGAACCAUCUGGCGACUACCCACAAAUGCACCAUCGUCGAACUCCACACGCACCUCACGUGGAAAGAGUUCGAGAAGCUAUGGUUCACCCGGUUCAUGGUCCGCAACGUCGUGAAGGCGUCCAUGAACGAGGUGUACACCUGCUCUCAAGGGAGUAUGCCAACUCGAGACUGGACAACCAAGUGGCAGAAGAUAGUGACCACGCCAGGCUUCGAUUUGAGUUUUCCUAAUCAACGAUCCGAGUUCUU